UCACUAUUUGAUAUAUAUUUUAGGUGUACAACAGUGUAUGGCACACCAACAAUGUAUAUUGAUAUGUUGAAUCAUCCCAAAUAUUCCGAAUUCGAUUAUUCUUCCAUUUUCUCAGGUUUCGUCGCUGGUGCUCCUUGUCCGAUUGCAUUGUGUCGACGAUUAGUGAAAGAACUGGGAAUGCGUGAUUUACAGGUUUGUUACGGUACCACGGAAACAAGUCCCGUAUCCUACAUGUCAAUCAGAGAUGACUCACCCGAAGAUCGCAUCAAAUCAGUUGGACACAUUAUGGACCAUCUCGAGGUUGGUAUAUCUUCAUAUUUGCAAAAACUUUAUUCAUAG